GUUUUUACCUUUCCUUCUUUUCUCUUCACGCGACUCUGCGCAUCAUGGAGGCGCGCGUUGAUUUUGAUAUCAAUGAGGCGAUUAAGCUGUUCGACAGCGAUCCCUCGACGAUUCCAACGCCUGAAGCCCCUCAAGCACUGCAAGAGUGUGAAGAUGACCCAGAAGCACUGUCCUCGCUGGCGUUGAUCAACAGUGAACUGAACCCUGUGGUUGAUGCUGUAGCGGAAAGCCCAGACGCGAUCAUGCGCAGUUCUGUUUUUGACACACUCCAGUUCCUUCUCAAGAACUCAUCGCAAAUACCACCAACUGCACUCGGCAAGAUCCUCGACCUGAUAGUGUCCGCGCUUUCCACACAAGCCGACAUCGCACAUGCCGAUCUCGAAGCCGAAGAACAAGGUGCAAUCCCACAUCACAAGAACCUCCUAGAGAUGUACGCCUUCCUGUUACGAUGGACCAUAUCCGCAGUCGAAACAAGAGCGCUAGAGAAGUCAGCGUCAGCGCCAGCAGCAAGAGGGAGGGGCAAGACUGGGAAGUCGAAAUCAGGAACGAGCAAGGACGGAACAUGGGACGCGGCAGCACAGCUCGAGACGGCGCUCGAUAGGGUCAGCAAAGUCCUGAAGCUCAAGCUGAGUCGCAUAUUCGUCACCACAUCGGAACGAGACACUUUCAUCGGCCUUUUCACCAAGCCUGUCUACCACAUCCUGGAAAACGAAGCCAGAGUCAAGAACAACGCCAUCCGAAACCACUGCUUCAGAGUGCUCUGCAUUUCUGUCAAGCAUCACGGCCAUGCGUACACCGCACAAACAUCCAUCAACCAGUGCCUCACGUACUUCGAACAUCUCUCUGAGCCCAUGGCCGAGUUCCUCCACACCCUCGCCGACGCAUACGAUUACUCGCAACUCGCCGAGGAUGUACUCAAAGACAUCAGCACCAAGGAAUACAGCGCUACAGAUUUGAAAGGUCCCAAAUCCGUCUCGACGUUCCUGAUCAAGAUAUCUGAGCUGUUACCGAACCUCAUUAUCAAGCAAGGAGCACUGCUCAACAACCUACUCGACAGCGAGGCAUACACUUUGCGAUGCGCCAUGAUCGAAGUGUGCGGCAACCUGAUCAACAUGCUUAGCAAGUUGAGCCAGGAUGACCGCAGCGACGCCCAUAAGAGGAACAUCGAUAUCUUCUUCGAUGUACUUGAACAGCGAUUCCUCGACAUCAAUCCAUACUGUCGUUGCCGAGUCAUGCAGGUCUAUGUCAAGCUUUGUGACCUUCCGCACAUGAGCUCGAAACAAGGGCGCAAGCGCCGACAGACAGCUGCAGACUAUGCUGAACAGAGUCUGAAGGAUAAGAGCAGUAACGUACGACGAAACGCCAUCAAGCUGCUAUCGAAACUUGUCGAGACACAUCCAUUCUCGGCGAUGUACAACGGUCUGUUGUCGACGGAGAGCUGGGAGCAAGGACUUGAGAGUAUCGAUGCGAAUAUCGCAGCGUUGAAGCCUCCGGCGGAAGAGCUCCAGGAGCGUGCACCGGGCGAAGUUGACGAGUCCAUACUACUUGAUGCAACACAGGCAGACGCUGGUGCAGCGAAAAAUCCGGCCGAGAUGAGCGAGGAGGAGAAGGCUGCAAUAGUUGCAAAGGUGCAAAAAGACGCCGAAACUGUCCAGGACCUUGAAAAGUUCAACAAGGUACGCUCAUUCGUCCGGCAAGCUCUGAGGUUCAUCGAAGUCAUCAACGAUGCGGCAGAGCAGGUGAUGCAGCUGCUCUCUUCGAAGAACAAGAGUGAGGUCAUCGAGGCGAUGGAUUUCUUCACCACUAUCGACGCGUACAAGAUCGCGAAUGCUAGGCUCGGCAUCAAGAGGAUGCUUCGGCUCAUCUGGACCAAGGGCAACAGCGACGAAGGCAAGGGCGUUCAGGCGCAUCUCAUCGAUUGCUACAAGGGCCUGUUCUUCAAUGCACCCCCGGGCUGCGAUGCGAACCAGGCUGCCAACUACAUCACUCGUGGCAUGAUCAGUCUGACCUUCGACACAACGCCAGCCGAUCUCAUUUCUCUCGAACAACUCCUCAGUACUAUGAUGAAGCAAGGCUUGGUUAAUGGCCUAGUCGUUGAGAAGCUCUGGGGUAUAUACGGGUAUCAAAAGAAGGACAUCUCCAUGAGACAGCGCCGAGGCGCCAUCAUCGUUCUGGGUAUGCUGGCGCUUUCUUCGCCCGAUAUUAUCGUGCAAGAGAUGGAGACAUGUCUGAAAAUUGGCUUGGGCAAACUCGGUCGUCGCGAUUUUGGGCUCGCUCGUUACACCUGCGUCGCUCUGCGCCGAAUCAGCGCAGCCUCCGGGAAACAGCAGGCUGGUGAGGCUCCCGCUCCAUCCGUCAAACUACCAAACGAUCAUGCUGUUUUGGUGAGGUUGGCUGCGAUGUGCGAGCUGGAGUCUGACAGCAAGGAUUGGUUCGGAGUCGCAGAUCAAGCGAUCAGUGCGAUCUAUGUACUUUCGAAACACCCAGAUGUGCUCUGUUCGGAGGUUAUCAGACAGGUGGCUAAACGUGUAUUCGCCCCGAAGGCACCUUCUCGCCCAACAUCGAGCUCAGGCCCGAAAGACGAAGGCCCGGAUCCUAUGGAUGUGGAUGAGGAUGAGGAGAUGCCGGACGCCCCCACCGUUGACGCUCCACAACCGAAGAAACAGAACUCGGCUCUAGCACUGUCGCAGCUCCUCUUCAUUGUCGGGCAUGUUGCCAUCAAACAGAUUGUUCACCUCGAGCUCUGCGAAUUGGAGUUCAAGCGUCGAAAGGCUGAGAAGGAGAAGGACAAAAAGGCGGUGCCUCGAAAGUCGUUAGCCCCUGAGCCAACACCCAUGAAGAAGGGACGCAAGAGAGGCAUGGUUAAGGACCCAACUCCUGCACCUGAGGCUGACGCAGAUGAUCUUGAUCUUAUGGCGGGUACCAACGAGGAUGACUUCACAGACGCUAUUGCUCACGUUCGUGAGCGCGAACUGUUGUUCGGUCCACAGUCCCUUCUCGCCAACUUCGGCCCCUUAGUGUCGGAUAUUUGCGCCAACAACACCUCGUACAACCACCCAACAUUGCAGGCUCAAGCUGCACUCUGCUUGGGCAAGCUUAUGUGCGUUAGUCAGGAGUACUGCGAGAGCAAUCUCAACCUUUUGCUCAUCAUCCUUGAGCGCAGUCAAGAUGCCAUCGUCCGUAGCAACCUUGUUAUUGCUCUUGGUGACAUGGCUGUAUGCUUCAACCACUUAGUCGAGCAGGACACUGAGUUCCUGUAUCGCCGUCUCAAUGACAGUGAUCAAAGCGUCAAGCGGACGUGUCUCCAGACCUUGACCUUCCUGAUUUUGGCUGGUCAGGUCAAGGUCAAAGGUCAGCUUGCCGAGAUGGCCAAAUGCAUCGAGGACAGCGACAAGAAGAUAACAGAGAUGGCACGCCAGUUCUUCAGCGAAUUAGCUACAAAGGACAAUGCCAUCUACAACCAGUUUGUCGAUAUGUUCAGUACCCUCAGUGCUGAUACUGCGCUCAGUGAAGAUGCAUUCAAGCGCAUCAUCAAGUACCUUGCUGGGUACAUCGAGAAGGAGAAACAAGCCAAACAACUCUCUGCUAAACUCGCCGCUCGAUUGCCGCGAGCCGAAAACGAGAGACAAUGGCGAGAUGUUGAGUACACAUUGGGCUUCCUCCAGCACAAGGACGAGGAGAUCCAAAAGAUGCUGUCUGAAGGCUUCAAGGUGGUUCAGGCGUUAGCUUAGAGUCCUAUGCUUUUCUUUCUUUCAUCGUUGCUUGUCAUGAAUUACGCGAUAUGAUACCUCGGGCUGGGUCAGGGUUGGUACGGCG